AUCUGGGUGAAAAUGUCGUCUUCAAGACCUAAUCAUUCGUCCAGCACUUCAGGGAGAUCAAAACACAGUGCUAGGAUUAUCGCACAAACCCCUAUAGAUGCAAAGCUCCAUGCAGAUUUUGAGGAGUCGGGUAGUUCCUUUGACUACUCAAGUUCAGUGCGUGUCACCGGUGUGGCUGGUGGAGAUCAAAAACCUAGGUCUGGCAAAGUAACCACAGCUUACCUCCAUCAGAUACAAAAAGGCAAGCUGAUCCAACCAUUCGGGUGUCUGUUAGCCUUAGAUGAGAAAACUUUCAAAGUCAUUGCCUACAGUGAGAAUGCCCCUGAGAUGCUGACAAUGGUUAGUCAUGCUGUUCCAAGUGUUGGGGACCAUCCUGUUCUUGGCAUUGGAACUGAUGUGAAGACAAUCUUUACUGGCCCUAGCGCAGCUGCAUUGCAAAAGGCCUUAGGAUUUGGGGAGGUUUCUCUGUUGAAUCCCAUCUUAGUUCAUUGCAAAACCUCUGGGAAGCCCUUUUAUGCAAUUGUCCACAGGGUAACAGGCAGCUUUAUCAUAGAUUUUGAGCCUGUUAAGCCUUAUGAAGUAUCCAUGACUGCUGCAGGGGCAUUGCAGUCGUACAAGCUUGCGGCCAAAGCUAUUACCCGGUUGCAGUCUUUGCCAAGUGGCAGCAUGGAUAGACUUUGUGAUACGAUAGUUCAAGAGGUUUUUGAACUCACUGGUUAUGACAGGGUUAUGGUCUAUAAAUUUCAUGAUGACGAUCAUGGAGAGGUUGCCUAUGAGAUCACAAAGUCUGGCCAUGAGCCUUAUGUGGGUUUGCAUUAUCCAGCCACAGAUAUUCCUCAGGCUGCACGUUUCUUAUUCAUGAAGAAUAAGGUCCGAAUGAUCUGUGAUUGCCGAGCAAAACAUGUGAAAGUGAUUCAAGAUGAGAAUCUUCCACUUGAUCUAACCUUGUGUGGUUCGACUCUCAGGGCUCCACACGGUUGUCAUUUACAGUAUAUGGAAAAUAUGAAUUCUAUUGCUUCUCUGGUUAUGGCAAUUGUAGUCAAUGAUAAUGAUGAAGAAGGAGACAGCUCUGACUCUGCACAGCCACAAAAGAGGAAGAGGCUUUGGGGUUUAGUGGUGUGCCACAACACUACUCCAAGGUUUGUUCCCUUCCCUCUUCGUUAUGCUUGUGAAUUUCUUGCUCAAGUGUUUGCCAUCCAUGUCCACAAGGAGUUAGAAUUGGAAAAUCAGAUCCUUGAGAAGAAUAUCCUACGUACACAGACGCUAUUGUGUGAUAUGCUAAUGCGAGAUGCACCCUUAGGUAUUGUGUCGCAGAGCCCCAAUAUCCUGGAUCUUGUGAAAUGUGAUGGGGCUGCCCUGUUAUACAAGAACAAAAUACAUAGAAUGGGAGUAACUCCUAGUGACUUUCAGCUGCAAGAUAUAGUUUCUUGGCUCUCUGAGUACCAUAUGGAUUCCACUGGUUUGAGUACAGAUAGCUUGUAUGAUGCAGGGUUCCCUGGAGCUCUUGCCCUUGGUGAUGUAGUGUGUGGAAUGGCAGCUGUGAGGAUAACUUCCAAGGAUAUGCUUUUCUGGUUCAGGUCUCACACGGCUGCCGAAAUCCGAUGGGGUGGUGCAAAGCAUGAACAGGGUGAGAAAGAUGAUGGUAAGAAGAUGCACCCGAGGUCGUCAUUUAAAGCUUUUCUGGAAGUCGUUAAGACUAGGAGUUUACCUUGGAAGGACUAUGAGAUGGAUGCAAUCCAUUCUCUGCAGCUUAUCCUGAGGAACGCUUUCAAGGAUACCGAAGUCAUGGAUUUAAACACGACUACAAUCCAUACGCGUCUCAAUGACCUCAAGAUUGAAGGGGUGCAAGAACUAGAAGCAGUGACAACCGAGAUGGUCAGACUGAUUGAAACAGCCACAGCGCCGAUCUUGGCAGUUGAUGUGGAUGGGCUGGUUAAUGGAUGGAAUACAAAAAUUGCUGAAUUAACUGGUCUGCCUGUUGAUAAAGCAAUUGGAAGGCAUUUACUCUCGCUCGUGGAAGAUUCUUCAGCUAAUACAGUCCAAAAGAUGUUGGAUUUGGCUCUUCAUGGUAUGUUUUAUUUCUAUCUUUCAUCCAAAUGGCCUAUGUAUUGUCCAGUCAUGCUUAAAUUCACAAAGCCAUUAGCAUGUGCAUGUGUAAGUGAUUUUUUAUCUAGACCAAAAUGGUCUGUAGUGUCAUCAAAGAGAGCUUUACCAAAAUGCUUUGUAGUGUCAUCAAAGAGAGCUUAUAUCUCACAUCGAAAUAUUAAAGCCACCCAAGAUGGUUUAUAUGUUUGA